AUGGACGACACGGAUGGGGUGACCAUUAGCCUCAAGUCCGGCACAUGCCCGGACUGGUCCUCGUUCUUCUGCGAGUGGGUGUUGACGCAGGUCUUGGCGCAGUUGACUGGCAUCAAGGCCACAGUGCCGAUCGCCGUAGUGGCGUGGUGGACGCUGUUGGGGAAUUGCCCACUUGUGCUCGGUGGGCACUCGGAGUACAUAUGCACUUGGCCAGGGUGCCUGGGGCUGACAGCAAUUAUGGUCACGGAGGUGGUGCUAGACCUCAUUCCAGGCAUAGCCUCAGUUAUGGACGUUGUUAUGGUGUUCGUGAAGCCUGUGUUCGCCUUCAUCUUGAUCGCCCAGCUGGAGCAUUCGGAACACGGCGACGCCACCAUGCUGUACGUCAUGAGGAUGGUCGGGCCCUUGACCGCAAUGGUUGUCGCGGUCGCGGAGGCCACCAUGAAGGUAGCCGUCGAUGGGGGGUCCGCAGGUACCUGCACUUGCGUGCGCUCCUUGCUGGAGACCGUGUCGAGCAUCGUCGGGACGAUUCUGUCGGCUCUGUAUUUUGCGGCGGCCUUCCUGAUAGCCAUGGGCGUCGCGGGACUCACCGUGUUUGUCUGCUGCGGGGUGCGGCGCCUCAGGAAGAACCGCCGGACGCAGAAGGCAGCCCGCCGGGCGGACUCCAACGGCAGCUGGGGUUGGGCCCGGGCAACGCGGGGCGCCGAGCUGGACAGCGACAGCGAUACCAUCAGCGACGGCAGCGAUGGCGACACGGCCUCAGCAGUGAAGACGGCAGCGGCGUCAGCGGGGCGGCGUCCGCCAGCGCCGCUGGCGUCUCGACGUCGUGCGCUCUCGACGCCGUGCGGAGGGCCUCGGCGCUGCCCGCCGGAACGACGCUGGAGGACGUGA